UCAUGCGUCUCAUGACAUCGGCUUAGAUUGUCCGCCUGGCGCCAUCUGUGAAAACCCACUGAGCCUAGAUCCUCCACGCGGAAUGUGCAGCAUCUCCGGGGAACUGGCUGGAGAUCAGCUCGCUCGAGCGUCCGUGGAGUUUCCGAAUACCCAUCGCAUUUCUUCUGCAAGCCUCACCAAGUCGCCUUUCGUACCAUUGGGGAAGAGUCACCGGAUUUCCUCCGAGGUGGUUGUGGGCCUCUCGCUUGUGGUUCAGGGUGUCGAUCCGUUUCGACAGGUUGGUCGAAACAUCUUAUGGAGAUUGGGUAAACAGGGCAAGUGUCGUCCUGGCGGACGCGCGGAAAUUCCAAAUCGGAGACUGUUUGGUGUCCUCCACGUCACCUCCUAAAACUCCCAACUCCCUCUAACGUCACCUUAACCUCGUCAUCUACCCAGAUCCCUCUCCGUUGCAAGCCAUACUGUUUCGGCGAUGGCGUAGAAGUUGGCUAGGGAGACAAAUACCUCGGACUGUAAAAGUAGGAGUUGUAGUUGGAGGUAAUAGGACGGUAGUUAUGUAGGCACAGUAAGCAAAACUGUUGGAAUGCGAAGAGACGUUCGCGAGAUGUUUGUUUGAAUUUGAUCCACUUGUCCACUG